AUGGCCGUCUUAAAAGUGACAUUUACGAAGACCAACAGAGACAAACUGGCCCAGGUUUUAUGGGUUUUAAAUUGGGUGUCUGUGGUGACUGGAGUGACACUCUUCAGCCUGGGCUUGUUCUUAAAGGUGGAGAUUGAGAAGAGGCGGGAGCUGAUGUCAAAAGAGAUCGACUCGGUGCCAAACAUGCUUAUCUGUGUUGGCCUGACCGCAUGUGCGAUCAACUUCUUGGGGGGCAAGAUCUGCUACGACUGUGUGGAUACAACCAAGUUCCUGCGAUGGAAGCUGCUGAUGCUGCCUUACAUCACAUGUACCUUUUUCUUUACGUUCUGCAUCCUUGUGGGUGCCCUGAUGUGCUACAGCAUGCGCAAAGAUCUGGAGGAGUCCCUGUAUUUUGGUUUGCGGGAUGCCAUGCGCUACUAUAAAGACACGGACAUGCCAGGACGCUGCUAUAUUAAGCGCACUAUGGACAUGCUGCAGAUGCAGUUUCAGUGUUGCGGUAAUGGAGGUUACAGAGACUGGUUUCACAUUCAGUGGAUCAGUAACCGCUACCUGAAUCUCAGCAACAGUGAUGUUGUGGAGCGGCUUCGGAGCAAUGUGGAAGGGAAGUAUCUGAUAGACGGGGUGCCGUUCAGUUGCUGUGGCUUAUAUUCACCCCGGCCCUGCAUUCAGCAUCAAAUCACCAACAACUUAGCGCACUAUAAUUACGACUACUCAAAGGAGGAACUGAACCUGAACCGACGAGGCUGCCUACAGGCCCUGCUGGAGCAUUACACACAGAUCAUGCAGUCCAUCGGCUUAAUCGUUCUCAUCAUUUGGCUUUUUGAGGUGUCUGUGCUGACAGGAGUGCGUUAUCUUCAGACAGCCAUGGAGAACGUGCUGAGGCUGGGAGACCCUGAGUGCGAGUCUGACGGCUGGCUUCUGGAGAACAGCAUUGCAGACACUGCACGCUAUAACUUCAACAUCAUUAAAAACCUGGGCAAGUGCUACCAGGUGGAUGACGAUCCCAACAUAGACGUACCAAGCACCAGCCGGCAAAUGCAAGAGAAUGUGCCCGUAAAGCAAAUCCCUGAGGCCAGGUAG